AAAGAUGUGUAUCUCGAGUAUUCUUUAAAAAGUGUUUUGGUGAGAUUAUUAGGUGAUGUGGCUUAAUUUCAUUGGUUCUGUUUUUUGGAAAAUGAAUUAAAAUUUCAUUCCUCCGGCAAAAUCGAUCUCUCUCCUCCUGCGAUCAAAUUUCUUUUUCCUUGAUUUUCUCGGCGGCGUGAGCAAAUGGGACGGGGUCAAGAACAAACAAGCCCAGAAGAAUCUCAGAUCCAUGAUUUUAGGCGAUCUCUGCUUCUUCUACCACUCCGGUACGAAAUCGAGGUGCGUCGUGGGUGUGGUGGAGGUGGCUCGCGAAUGGUACGAAGAUGACGAUGACGAAGGAGAAAGAGAAGGAGCGACGUCAAAGCUGUCGGAAUCGAGUCAGAUGCAGACCAAAAGGGUUUGCUUAUGUCAAAUUCUCUUCCAAAGAAGAAGCCGACGAAGCUUUAUUACAACUUAACGGACAGAGGCCACGCAACAGAACUCUGACCUCUGUUCAUGAAGCAAUGCUUGAGGAUGUCGCUUACCCUGCUGAGAUUGUUGGAAAACGUACUCGUUACCGUCUUGAUGGUUCCAAGACAUGAAGAUCUAUUUGGAGGCCAAGGAAAGGAACAACACAGAGUACAAGCUCGAGACUAUGAUGGGUGUGUACCGGAAACUUAUCGGAAAGGAUGUCACUUUCGAGUACCCUGUUGAAGCUUGAAGAUGUUGAUGACGCUGAAGAAUCUCAUCAGGAUAGAGCUUUUGAUUCUGUUUUGUGGUGUCUAGGAUGAAGUACACUCUGUUUUUUUUUUUUUUUUUUGAACAACCAAGUACACUCUGUUUUGAUUCAGUUAUUCAUAAUCUUCAUAUUACAAAAGACUUA